AUGGCGGCUCGAAUAAAUAAUCGCCCAAUCAUCCGCCUCUCCCCCGUUCACUCUCGCCAAAAUUCCUCCGACAAAACCGGCUCCAUCUACCAACAACUCGAUCCUCUCCUCAGCAAUCUCUCCCCCGAAUCAACACUCCAAGCCCUCACCUCUACCGACGCUGUCCCCUCAAAUGAAAAAGCCGCCCACGAUAUCCUCUCACAAAGCAUCUCCCAAGUCUCACCUGCUGAACGCGCCCUAGGGAUCCGCGCCGCCGUAGCCGCUCAAAACCUAGACUUGUGGCACAAGGAGGUCCAAUCAUGGACCUGGCCGAGCCAGCACGAUGUGAAAUUCGGAAAGGGUUUUAUUCCACCUCCAGGCUCAUAUGCUGGAAGCAGUCCCUCACAAUCGGGAUUCUUACAUCCCCCUACCUUGGACGAACACUACUAUGGAAGCUUGCCAGCGAGCGUGGUCGAGCGAAACCAAAAAAGAAUAGAGGAGAUCCGCGAUGGAAUGGACGAUCUCAACGUGGAGGAAUUAAAGGAACACGUUUUGAAUGCCCACAUUCCAUCCAGGUCUCGGCCCUCUUCCGCCACAAGUUCCGUGUCUGUGCCCCCGCCCCUCAGCUAUGUACAGUUGAGCGACUUUACAGCCGUGGUUACCGCGACGAUUCUGCGCGCUCUUCCCUUCCUUGCGCGACUCAACGCUUUGCUUACGACAUGGGACGUUCGCCUGCUCGUUCUGCGCCAAAUCCCUGGCCUGCUCAGAGAGCUGUCGAUCACCCGUUCGGCCCUUGAUUCCUCUCUUCACGCGUUACGGGACCCACAGCUCGCUGCAUCAGAGUUGAAUAGAUACUCCGAUGAGUCUAUAGUUGCCGAUCAUGUUAAGUUGGAGUCUGCUGUUGUUGCUGUGGGAAGGAGGAUGGAUCGCGUUCUGGACGCGCUGGAAGGUCGUCCGGACUCUUUGCCCGAACAGUGGAUUGACGACUUGGAGUCCAUCGAGUCUGAUUUCGCGGCCUGGGUUGUGGAGGCUGAGAAGUACAAAGUCCAGAAUCAGUGGUUGCGUUCCAAGGCCGACGCCGAGGCCAAGGCCAAGGCUCAGGCUCAGGCUGAAAAGUCUGUCGUCGACACGUUCCUACCAGAUACUUCAUCGAAGGAAUUCCGGGAGGAACUAAUUUUAGAUUCCGUCUCCAGCCCCGCAGAAGGUGAAACAUCUAACCCAGAGCUUAAUACUCAAAAUGGAGCUGAUCGUCAAUUCGAUCUUCGUACUUCGGCUUCAUCGAUUGAAGACUCGGCGGUCCCUCUUGAAGAGACAGUAUUGCCGUCAACGUCCCUCGAUGGACAUUCUUCUUCAGCCCUCACAGUUUCAACAUCGGUGGGAAAGUUCCAUGUUGCCCAGAGGCAGGAUAAUCUCACACCUGUUUCGGUGACAGACGACUCCGAAACUCCAACACAAUCUCACUUUCCGCCAGAUAUAUCUGCUAUUGGUAGCAAGCCCCCGUCAGCUCUUGCGUCUUGUGUGUCUGAUCCAAACUCGGAAAACAAGGAGAAUAUUCCUCCGCUGGGCUACCAACAGGCCGAUGGAGGUGGCUCACCUGUCGCCAACAGUCCCACAAGGGCGAAUGUUUUGUCCGAGAAUACAGCAGCCAUCUGCGACACUUCAGUCCAGCAUCCUGCACUCAUCGAAGCAGACACUCAAAGACCUCAAAUCACGGUUGCCGAGGAUGUGUCUGCUGUACAAGUCAAUCGUGUCUUUACGGGUGACAAAGAUCUGCCUGUCGCAACUAUGCCUGACAACAAUGGAGAAAAAGCAGAUGUGCAGCCAGAGGCUCACACCCCACACCAACCCUCUCCUCCCACCAGAUCAAUAAAAUUCACACCCAGAUAUGUUGUUGAUCAAAGCCCUAAGGGAAUAUCUGGAUCCAGUGGACAAAGUUCAAUUGAUUCUGCGGCGCCGGCAACUGCAUCUCCUGUUCACACACCCAAGACAUCGGAAACUCAUCCAUCUAAACCAAGACCGUCGAUGAGGGGAUCCCAAAUCCCCUUGGCAUCACCCAAGUCUGGAUCCAACCACACACCCAUCAAGCCCCAGCCUCGACACCAGCAAAAGUCCCACAAUGUUUCAAAGACUGUCCGCAAACCAUUGCAAAGUCCUAUUAAGCUUUCAGACUCUCGCUCCACAAAGCUCGAUCUCGAUAGGAAUGCUUCGGUCGCCCCUCAAAUAUCGCACCGUCGUCGAACUUCCACUGGAUCUGUAGGCUCCUUGCUCUCGGAUCAUUCCUCUCUCAUCUCGAGCCCUGAUGCACCUGAGCCGCGGACUGCCUCUUCAAGUGAAACUCAACUUCGACCCUCAUCUCACACCAAAUCCACACACCCUCCUUCGCAUGGAGUGCACACUCUGAGAGAGGAUCGUCUCCGUCAUUUGGAAAACCAAAAGCCGGACCUCCGGGUCUCGCUCCAGCAGAAUCGUUCGGUCAGUUUACCACUGGAGCGCUUUAUCAAUGAACGACUUGAGUUGGGCUUGGCAGGGGAGUCAGAGCCAGAUAUGAACUGCAUGGAGACCUCCAUGAAACGCCCUAUCACAUCCUCUGACUUCCCUAAACCUCCGAAGUCUCGGAGCACGACCCCGGUUCCAGGAAGCUCUAAAUCCAUGCGACCAGUGCCACGUACCUCUGCCGCUCACAAUCAAAUUUCCUGUGGAAAGUCUGCGUCCGAUUUAAACGCCCAGAACGAAUUGGCCAGACGUGCGGAGCAAAAUAGAAACGCAUUCGCGCAAAAUACUGCUCGCCGAGCCAUGGAGCACCAGGCGGAGCCCAAGUCUCUCCGGCUGCGCAAGCGACUGACUGCCCACCCGAGUCUCGAAAGCCUCGGGGUCAAGCGUCAAGAACUGUCUUAUGUAGAAGAACACGAAUCAGAGCUGACUGAUUUCGGUUCCCGCGCCUCUUCACCCACCAAGCAUCACAGACAGCCUCGUGAUCACCUCGACGAGAAGAUCAGUUCCAUUCUCAACUCUCUCCCUGGUCACAUACAUUUAGUCGACUCAAAUCACGAAGCGGACACAUCCUCGUCGUCCUCUUCCAUAGACCGGAGAAUCCGUUAUCGCUCAGAAUCACCAUCGGGAUUUCGAACACGGAGCGCUACACCCGCGCCUUCUUUGACGUUGAUGCCUGCUGCCCGCAGAAGGCAUUCACACGCUUACAAGGCUGAAGACAGCUGUGUGAAGCUCUACCACCUCCACCAUGGUGGUCAGGCUGCGCCGACCAAACUCUUCGUCCGCACCGUCGGAGAAGAGGGACAACGUGUCAUGGUUCGCGUCGGCGGUGGUUGGGCUGACUUGGGCGAGUACCUCCGCGAGUACGUCAUCCACCAUGGCCGUCGCAAGGUAUCCGAGACUCCUCGUGUUGAAGUGCAGGGCAUCAAGACACGUUCAUCUCCUUCCUACACUUCUCCAGGGACCCUUUUACCCCCGGUGGCCUCGGCAUACAUCACCUCCGGCCGCGCAACCCCCUCUCUACCACCAUCAGUCCUCAGCGCCCGCCCACCCUCCUCCCUGACCGUUCAGAAAAAGCGCCGCGGCUCAACCGCCUCCGAUAUCAUGGGGACCCGGGCUGUAACAACAGGCCACCUCAACUCCUUCACCUCACCCCCACCAAUGGCCACCCAUCUCCCCUCAACCGGCAGACGCCUAUCUGUCUCCUCAGGCCACUCAGUCGGCGAGGCCCACUCCCCCAACACUGUCGCCGGCCUACCCUCCACCGAAACCCGCUCCACACCCCUCGGUCUAGCGGGACCAAAACCUCGUGCUCGCUACGAGUCCAUGAGCCCAGAAGGCGAAGCCUGGGUUGCAGACGUCCUCCAAAAAACGCGCCGCUCCAGCUCCCAAAACGUGCCCCAUUUCACACUCGGCUCCCCGCCGUACAUUGAUAUCGAUGACCACUCUGACACUACCGACACCUUCCACGGUCCCUCCCUACCAAAGGUCCGCAGUAUUGGCGAUAUUGGGUCCAUUGGAACGAGUCGACGGGUCGUGCUGAAGGGUCUGGGACGUCGUUCUUAA